CCCAUUCAUCAUUGAUAUUUGUGACCGCGACUAAUGUCGUCGUCUGCUUACCUAAUUGAGGAUAUUAUAUAUAUUAUAUUAUUUCGAGUUACGCGCACUUGUGUACGCCCACAUGACCUGAGACAACUGUUACUGUUCACAGGGGCAUGAUAAUUGAGAGAUUUCGGUGCACGUUAAUCGUGACAUUGCUUUAACUAUCAAUUAUGAAAUGGUCGAAGGCUCUAUAAAAGCGCAUCACUUUGAGGAACUCACAAGUAGCAGUAAACAAGGACCGAAACAGAAAUGUUCUUCGAAUUAAGGAAGCGCCCCAAGGAACCAAAAGACGGAAAAGCGAAAUCAUUGUAUACGUUUUUUCGUUUUGUUGACUUCUUUUACUUAUCCAUUGGCAUGAAAGCUUACGAUCGCGACUCUUCUAAUACAAGUAAACCAGAUGGGCACAGAACCGUAUUACGCUGUUAUUUUAUUUUUCAGAUGCUAAAUCUGAAUGUAGUGCUGCUUUCGGAAAUUAUCUACGUAUUCCUGGCGUUUAGUAGUGGCAACAAUUUCCUGGAAGCCACCAUGAACUUAUCUUUCAUUGGAUUUGUCAUAAUCGGUGAUUUAAAAAUUCGUCACAUCUGGAGUAAGCGGAGGCACAUCACUAAAGUUGUCCAGUGCUUCGAGCUACUGCACCCGAAAACCGCUGAGCAACAAAAGAAAUACAAGUUGGAUGACUAUCUGUGCAGCUAUAGACGGGUUAGCAUCUUCUAUUUUGGCAUGCAUUUGAUACUGAUCUGGACAUACAAUCUGUACUGGGCCGUCUACUACUUGAUCUACGAUUUCUGGCUCGAUGUACGACAUUUUGAGCAAAUGUUGCCUUACUUCUGCUGGACACCGUGGGAUUGGAAAGGCAAUUGGAGCUACUAUGUUUUGUACAUCUCACAAAAUAUUGCCGGCCAGACCUGCCUCUCUGGACAGCUGGCGGCGGACAUGUUCAUGUGUGCUUUAGUCACGCUGCUGAUUAUGCACUUCAAGAGACUCAGUGAACAGAUCGAGCAGCAUGUGGCGGGCGUAUUGCCUGCCAACCAGGAUCUGGGGUUUCUUCAGACCAGCAUCGUUUACCAUCAGCGGCUACUGGGUCUUACCAAAGAUGUCAAUCAGAUCUUUGGUGUUUCACUGUUUUGCAACUUUACCAGCUCCAUAUUCAUCAUCUGCUUUGUCAUCUUUCAGAUGACCAUCGGCGGCAACCUCGACAACAUGGUCAUGCUGAUGCUCUUUCUGCUGUGUGCCAUGGUACAGGUCUUUAUGAUUGGUAACUACGCACAGAGCUUGGUCAAUUCGAGUGACCUCGUCGGUGAAGCGGUUUACAAUCAUAAUUGGUACCUGGGUGACUUGCGCUAUCGCAAACUAAUGCUGAUGAUCAUGCAACGAGCCCAGCGUCCCAAUUACCUAAAAGCUACCAACUUUUUAGAAGUGUCGCUGGUUACUGUAACGGAACUGCUGCAGUUGUCUUACAAGGUUUUUGCUCUGGUGCGCACCAUGUACGCCCAGUAGAAUGAAUGUACAGAC